UGGACUUGUGAACAGCAAAAAUGGCUUAGAAAAUGAGCUAGAAGACUUGAUCGACUGUUACCUGGAAAUUCCAACGAUCUGGACUCCUAAAUUGGAUAUACCUGAAGAACCAAAACCUGCUGAAAUGAAAGAAUCUAAGGCAUCUGAUUAUCACCAGAAAUCACCCAAG